CCGACCAAAUCGCUGAAAUAGAGCAACAAACUAAAGAUCAGCAUGAUAACGAACUCUACAACGUGAUCAGGAGUGAUAGAUUGACUGCAAGCCAAUUCGGGAUGGUAUGCAAACGACGAAAUAAAACUCCUUGCCACAAUCACGUGAAACAAAUUUUGUAUAAAAACAAUAUUUUAACAUCUGAUAUGAAAUACGGGCAGCAUAACGAAGCUGUUGCAAGGACUCUUUUUGAAACCACAACGAAUAAAAAAGUGGAACGUGCGGGUUUAUUUAUUGAUAAACAAUACGGAUUCCUAGGCGCAAGUCCAGAUGGUAUCAUUAUUGAUGAGAAUGCUCUACUUGAAAUAAAAUGCUUUCCAUCACUGAAAAGAAGCCAAGAAAGCAUUGAAACCGCGGCUGAAAGCCGCGGAAAUAAGUUUUGCUUGAAAUAUAAUAAGGAAGGUAAAUUGGUUAUGAACACAAACCAUAAUUAUUAUUACCAGGUGCAAGGACAACUGCGUAUUGCUGACAUGGCAAAAUGUUAUUUUGUCUGUUUUAUUGACCCUGGGAUAAAUAUGACUAUAAUCGAAGUAGACCGAGACGAGGACUUUAUACACAAUAUGAUAUCAAAACUCGUAUCUUUUUACAAGAACUGCAUCGUCCCCGAGCUCAUUCUGCGAAGAGUUCCAAAAAACCAAAAAUGCGUCGAAAUUUCAGACUUGCCUGCUGAUCAUCAAAAACAAUAAACGUCGGACAACGGACAGUUCACGUCACGUCAUCCCUGUAAAGAUGAAAAAAAAAAUAGUAUAGUAUUUGUAAAUAUAUACUCAUGUACAUAGUAAAA